AUGUCCAAGAACUACAUUGUCCAAUUCAAGGAAAACACCCCUGAAGACGUGGUGGCCAAAAUCAAGAGCGACGUGGCAGCUGCUGGCGGCUCCAUCAAGCAUGAAUACACUUUAAUCCCAGGCUUUUCUUGCUCUCUUCCUGACGACCAUGUUUCGGUCUUGUCGGCCCACCCAAACAUUGCUAAUGUCGAGCCUGACCAGGAGGUUUCCAUUUCGGCUUAA